AUGCAGUUAUGCAUAAAACCAUCUUUUAGUGAUGUCUAUUCUGUCCAACACAGAAGAGGACAUCUGAGAAACCAUUCUGUUGAGAUGAGUCAGGUACCAGGUAAAUAGUUAAAUGGAAAUGGAACAACUGCCCAAAGUCAAGCUCUGGCUCCUUGCAGAACCUGUGGAAGACGUUUUGCACAAGAUGUUCUGCUGAGGCAUGAUCCAAUAUGCAGGAAAGUCUUCAACAAGAAGCGCAAGCCCUUCAGCUCUAUGAAGCAGAGACUGCAGGGAACAGAAAUCAUGACCAUUAGGAAGCAGCACCCACAAAAGAAACAGCUGGAGAAGAAAUCUAAUUGGAGGCAGCACCAUGAGGAUUUUAUUAAUGCUAUUCGAUCAGCCAAGGAGGUCACCAAAGCUCUGAAGGAGGGCCGCCCUCUUCCACCUCCUCCCCCACCAAGCAUCAACCCAGAUUACAUUCAGUGUCCAUACUGCUCACGAACAUUUAAUGAAGCUGCAGCAGAGAGGCACAUAAAGUUUGAAGAACAAGCCUUCCGCCGUGCCUUUGCUGCAAAGACCACCAGACCAAUGGGCAAGCAGCCGGUGACUCGGAGGAAACCCCCAGCAGCUGCUUCAUUACCGCUUCAGAAGAGAGCACAAGAAGAUGCCGGUACAGACAAACCUAGGCCAGACAGGAAGACCUCUUCAGGAAUACUACAGAAACCCAGAAAAUCUUUGGGUGCAUCAACUGGACAAAAGGCUUCAGGAGCAUUUGGAUGGUCAGUGGCUGUGGGGAGGAUUGCAAUGGGCAUGGGAGCAUUCAGUCCAUGGUCCAUCAUUGACACUACUGAUCUCCCUGACUUUGCCAGCUACAGCAAAAACUAUUGA